UUUUUUUUUUUUUUUACCUCUUUUGACGUUUAAACCUUCCUAUGGAGUUUGAAGUUACUUUGCCUAGCGAGAACUUUAAAGGUACUCUCUUUCCUUGCUUAUUGACACUGUUCUUAUACUUGUCUUGACAGCGUUUUCAGGUACUCUUGACGCCUUAUCACAUUUUGGAGAACUUGUUAGUCUGGAAGCUCGUAAUGAACAAUUUCUUAUCUCAACCUUCAACAAUUCCCGUACGGCACAAGGCAUGAUACAUGUAUCUCGAGACUUCUUUAAGAACUAUAAACUACUACGCAAAGGCUCUUCUCAUUCUUCUAUCAAAUGCACAGUAUCCAAUAAGAAUUUCAACAGUAUUCUUAAAAAGAAUAUGGGUGGAAUUAAGCGCAUCAAAGAGUGUCAGAUACAAAUCACACAAGGAAGCUCUGGUCAGCAACAACAUUCUGAAGCACGCAUAUUUAUGAAAUUAGUGUACAGAAAUGGUGUGACAAAAAAGAAUACACUUUGGUAUAAUGAAGGUGAUUCUAUUAUGCCCUUUUUUCAACAAAAUCACGUCUAUAAGAUUUCAUGUGAGCCAGGCGUGUUUAAAAUCUACAUGAACAAAUUUGAUGCGCGAGUUCAAGAACUUGCUUUAACAUUAGAUCCAAACAAAGUGACACUUUCUUCACAUUGGGAUGAUACUUCCUGCCUCUUUGGCGAGCGCCCUGUAAAAUCAUCAUUUAUAAUUCAAUCUUCGGAUUUCUCUGUAUACCAAUUAAGAGAAACAGUCAAAUUGGUGGUGAACCUCAAAGAGUUCAAGACAAUUGUUGACUAUAUUGAGAAUUUGGAGAGCUUGAUUGUAAUGGAAUUUACAGAAGCAGGGCGUCCAUUGUUAUUUAGACAUUUUCACAAUAAUAUCAUGCUAUCAUUAAUUGCUUUACAAACAUUACCUGAACAUCUGUAUGGUAAUUCACCUGAAGAAGAUCACAGCUAUGCCAGUAUAAAUGCUGAAGACUAUACUGAUAUUGAACCCAGACAUGCAACACUUCCUGCUUCACAUCAGUCAAGACAAAAGUCAGCAAUAAGGGAAUUAAGAAAUCGUCCUCAAGUACGAUCUUCCUCUGUCUCUUCAAGCAGUUCAGAUGGACCUCUACUACCACAUUCUGCUGCAGGAUCAUCUCGUAGACCUCCUCCUCAGAUUCGAUCCUCACCUUCUUCUUCUUCUAUAAACUCAGAAACUUCUUCCCCUCGUUUGCCUGCCACAAAUGUAAAAGAAACUUCCUCUUUCAAUAAUACAUUAGAGUCGCGUGUUAUUGAAACUGUCACUCAACCAGCCACUCCUCCAGUUCAACGAGAUACUCUGCCUGUGACUCCUCAAGCAGAGUCUCAAAGUACAGAAAACAGUCAAGAUCAGAACACAGGAAAUAGUCAAGACCAAAGCACAAGACAGCAAGUAACUUCUAUACGUUCCACUCCUCGAAGGAUGACAACAAUUGAAAGAAUUCGACUUGAAAGACAAAGACUAGGGCAAAGUAGCCCACCAUUAGUUAUGCGACAGCCUAAUUUUGGGAAUGAAGACAGCAGUAGUGAACAAUCAACUACAGAAAGAAAAAAUUCUCUUACAUCAUGUCAUAUCAAAUAAAAAGAUUCAUUUAUUUUAAUCAAUACAAAACACUUUAAGAGUCUCUUAGCCAUUUCCUAAAGAAAUGUUUCCAGAGAUAGCCACGAGGAGGCGGACUCUUUCUA